UUGUUACUCAUAUAAAUGUCUGUUCUUAUCCCUAUAUUUCUCUUCUCGAGCUCAAUCUGGGGCUUCUUGGACUAGGGUUUUAGCUAAUUUGGUGAUUCGAUGUCGUCUUCUUCAUGUUUCACUGUACCGCAUACAGUCAGAACAGGGGUGUUCAACCCAAUCGGCGACAGAUUUACUGUGCCUUCUAGAAUUUAUCAUCACAGAAGCAAAUGCGAAUUAAAUAGGAGGAGUUUCGCUAUGAGAGGAAUUGUCGCUGCUGGAGCUUCAGUUAUGGGUUCGACUUUGGUUGCUGAACCCACUCAAGGUUUGGAGAGAUUACCAUUCAAGACGGAGGGCUACAAUUUCUGGACAUGGCGAGGUCACAAAAUACAUUACGUAGAAGAAGGAGAAGGUUUUCCUAUUGUGCUCAUUCAUGGCUUUGGUGCUUCUGCAUUUCAUUGGAGGUACAACAUACCAGAAUUGGCUAAAAACUAUAAGGUUUAUGCCAUCGACUUAUUAGGGUUUGGCUGGAGUGAGAAAGCAAUUAUUGAGUAUGAUGCCUUGGUGUGGAGAGACCAGGUCGUGGAUUUCUUGAAAGAGAUAGUGAAAAAACCUGCAGUUUUAGUUGGAAACAGCCUUGGAGGAUUUACUGCUUUGGCGGGUGCAGCAGGGCUGCCUGAGCAAGUUGUAGGAGUAGCACUACUAAACUCUGCAGGACAGUUUCAAAAUGCAAACGCUGAAACCAAUGAAUCUGAAGAAACAGUCUUACAGAAGUUUAUCCUGAAGCCAUUGAAGGAAAUUUUUCAGCGGGUAGUUCUUGGAUUUUUGUUCUGGCAAGCAAAGCAACCAUCUCGUAUUGAAUCUGUCUUGAAGAGUGUUUAUGUUAAUAACGCCAAUGUGGACGACUAUCUUGUGGAAUCAAUAACAAGACCAGCUGCUGAUCCGAAUGCAGGAGAAGUUUAUUACAGACUAAUGUCGCGGUUUAUGUCGAAUCAGACCAAGUACACAUUAGAUAGCCUCUUAAGCAAAUUAUCUUGCCCACUGUUGUUGCUUUGGGGCGACUUAGAUCCUUGGGUGGGUCCUGCCAAGGCUAUUCGAAUCAAAGAGUUCUACCCAAACACGACCGUUGUUAACCUACAGGCCGGGCAUUGUCCACAUGAUGAAGUCCCAGAGCUUGUCAAUAAUGCUUUAGUGGACUGGUUGUCGACUUUCACAUCUAAAUUCUCUCUUCAAGCACAGUGAACACACCCCAGUUCUACGCGCACACUGCUCACCUCUGCGUUAAGGUUUUACUUUUAACAAAUUGUAUACUCAUAGAUAAGAAGUUCGGUCAUGACAAGAAAAUUAUUUGGCUGAUGAUGACUAGGAGGAAGUUUCAUCAUCCCACGUUGUAUGAGGAACAAUAAUCAUCUUUUUGAAUGUGAAGCAUUUGUUUUCACCUU